CCGGCGAGGAGGAGGGCUGGAGCUGGGCGAGGAGAGGAGGAAGGCAGGCAAGAGGGGGGAAGCGGCGCCUGAGAAACGGCUUGUUUACUUAUAAGCCUCCAGCCUCUGAAGUGCUGAACUGCGUAGAAUCAGAUGGAUGUGUUCAAGCUAUUAUUACUACUAUUAUAGCUAAUGCUGUCCAGGGAAGUUUUCAAAUUAUGAAUCAAUUAUUUGUACCACACGGUAACAAGAUGACAAUUUCCUCUCACUGCUGCAGCCCCAGUGAAGUGAGAAUUAAGCAGGAAUUAAGUGUGGCUCAUAGGGCUCUAGCAUCCUGUAUCCAGAAACACUAAAAUGCUGCCAGAGAAAGACCCUCGGAAGCUAGGGGAGAAGGAUCCCAAAGAAGACCCUUCAGUCGCUCUCUUCCGGGAAUAUCUGAGAAUCAAGACGGUCCAGCCUGAACCUGAUUAUGAAACAGCUGUAAAAUUCCUGGAGAGAAUAGCUUCUGAACUUGACCUACCUUGUCAAAAAGUGGAGGUCUGCCCUGGUCGAGUGAUCACCAUCCUCACCUGGAAAGGCACAGAUCCUCAGCUUGGCUCCAUCUUGCUGAAUUCACAUACAGAUGUUGUGCCAGUGUUUGAGGAAUAUUGGCAUCAUGAUCCUUUUUCAGCCUUCAAGGACACUGAGGGAAAUAUCUAUGCACGUGGGGCCCAAGAUAUGAAAUGUGUCUCCAUCCAGUAUAUAGAGGCUAUCCGGAGACUGAAAGCUGAAGGAAGACGCUUUCCACGAACAAUUCAUAUGAGCUUUGUCCCAGAUGAAGAGAUUGGGGGCCACAAGGGGAUGGAAAUGUUUGUGAAGCGACCUGAGUUUGCCACACUUAACGUUGGCUUUGCCUUGGAUGAAGGCCUGGCGAACCCGACAGACACUUUCACUGUAUUUUAUGGCGAGAAAUGCCCAUGGUGGAUUAAAGUGAAGGUAGAAGGGAAUCCAGGACAUGGAUCCAGAUUCAUUGAGAACACAGCUGCUGAAAAGAUGCACAGAGUGAUCACUUCCUUCCUAGAAUUCAGAGAGCGUGAAAAACAAAGGUUGAAGUCAGAGAAGCACCUUACUUUAGGUGAUGUCACUUCACUCAACCUGACCAUGUUGAAUGGGGGCAUCUCUUUCAACGUGGUUCCCUCUGAGAUGUCUGCAGCCUUUGACAUCCGCAUCCCACCCACAGUUGAUUUAAAGGCAUUUGAGGAGCAGCUCACAGCCUGGUGCCGGGCAGCUGGGGAAGGUGUUACUUAUGAGUUCCACCAGAAAUACACGGAUCAGUCGGUGACCUCCACAGAGGAGUCUGACCCCUGGUGGAAGGCGUUCAGUAGCACCUGCAGGGACAUGAACAUGAAGCUGAAGUGUGAAAUCUUCCCAGCUGCCACAGACAGCCGUUACAUUAGAGCAGCGGGUCACCCAGCUAUUGGCUUCUCCCCCAUGAACCGCACCCCAGUGCUGCUACAUGACCACAACGAGUUUCUGAAUGAGCAGGUCUUCCUCCGUGGGAUUGAGAUUUAUGCCCAGCUCAUCUCUGCACUGGCCAGUGUCCCUCUCCUCCAAGCAGAAGCCUGAGGGCAAAUAAGCAGAUGGUAGCCACAUGGGGAAGAGGGAAACCAAAGAGAAAGACAGAUUAUUAGAAAACCUCUUCUGUUUGCUUCAUGUUGUGGCACAACCAAUGCAGGCCUUUGAUGUCAUGGUUGAGGAUUAGUGUCUUGCUAAGAUCUGGUGGUAUGCCAAGACAGACUGUGGAAUUCCAGUACAUCCUUGUGUAGCCCACAAGAGGCAAAGCAUGCUGGAAACUGCCACUUAUACCAGCACAUCUAAAGCAGGGUUCUGUAGGGGUGAGAGACUAUUUUUCCACUCCUCACUGAAGCAAUUAGUGUACCCACAGUUUCUGCAGGAAGAGCACCCAGUUCCCAGCGUCUUUCAUCAGCACCUGUCCUUUUUAAGAACAAAAGGAUGCUCUUCAUGGCUCCUUAUGUGCUAGAUUUGAAGGAGUCAGGUUCUCACCACUGGGGCUUGUUGGGAUGUGUUGCAAACUGUUAUUGCCCUAUUACUGGCCUACCUUUCAUUGUGAGAUUCCUGUUAUUCCACUGCUGUUAUUCCUUCUGUCUUCCAUUGCUCAGUGGGGGUAAAAAAGCAUCUAUUCCCCACUUUUCAAACCCAUGGGCAGAGCAAAUAGAGAAGCAGGAGAAGAUCUGGCCUUCAAGCAUAACUGAUCUCCCCUCAGGAACUUCCUUGCCUUGCAGUGGCUGCUGUUAACCCCUUGCUGCUUUGCUGGCUUUCUCUGAGACAAGCCCCAUUCUGCUGUCUCAGAACUUGUGUGAGAUCUGAGCACUGAAACAUUGAGCUCCACUAUCAUACGCUGUAUGAAGCUGGGAGAUCUCUUUUUCUCUUUGUAGAGGGGCAUGAAUGAUGAACAGUGGUCCUUUGCCACAUGAGAUCCUCUGGUGAAAAAAAAUAUGAACUGUGACUGAAGGUGAAUUUUAUAGAUGAUCCUGAGUAAGAAGAGGAAAGCAGAUUUGAUGGGAGUGAGAAUAAUCAAUAUGGCCUUAAUAUGGAGUCUACUUUCUCACUUCCACCCCAGCUGGAAUUGGCAAGGGGCAGUCUCCAUGAAUUUUAACCUCUUGGGUGAAUAGUAAAGGUGCUGGUUGCAGCAUGCUGCCUUAAUUUUUUAUACAACUGAAGUCUUUAAAAAUCACUGUGGAUGUAUGCCAAAUGGAUAAAAGUUGAAUGGGACAGCUAUCUUUUGUUCUGCAAUAAUGCCCCUGGGCACAAUACUACAUAGUGCUGGCUCUCCCAAAUGACAAAGAGGUGCUGCUAGGAUGCUAAGAACAUAAAGCAAAACUUUUGGGAGGGGAAGUACAGAGUUAAAAUAGAUAAACCUUUGGCCACUUUAUUUUGAUAAAUCCAUCUCCUCAUGCCAAACUUUUUAGAAUUCAUCUCCUUGAACCUCCCUCCUGUCCCCCCAUACAGACAUAAGGGCAAUUGAUCCCACAAAAGGGAUGUGCUGUCCAGCCUUAAAUAAAAUUGUUCAUUUGGAUUAGAAAGAGUCUUCUAGAUGUUUUGUGUUUUAUUUCAAAUCUGCCUUAUCCCUAUUUUCUCCCUUAAAGCAAACCAUUAUCUUGUUCAGAUUGAUUACAGUUACAAUCCACAUACAGUAUUGCUAAAGUGCAAGGCCAAUCCUCAUCUAUAGGAACUUUUUCAAAUUCACACUCUGCAUAAUGUUGGAUUAUUUCAUCUGAAAUUAGCUGGGGCAUUUUCUAUAAAUUCCUUUAGAAUUGCUAGCAUUUUACAUCCAAAUAUAAUUAUGGAAUGGCGGAAAUUUGUUCUUUUAUGUUCUUAUUUACUCCAUGAAGCAAUGGCAUUAGAUUGAGGAGAGAUGAAAAACUUUCCUUCAUCUGCUCAAGCUUACAGAGAAAGUAUGAGCUCCCCUGUGAGCCUUGUAUCCUGAGAUGCAUAGGUCUAUGAAUCAGGCUGCUUCUAAAUACCUAAGAAAAUGUGUAAGACAUACCUUUUAUGCAUUUUUCCAUGGAAGUGUUGAGUGGAGUUUCAUUCUCAGUAAUGAGUCUGCAAGACCUGAGCGAGGCUGAUUGAGGACAGAGUGACUUGGAGGUCUCGCAUUCAUAGGGUUACAGUUGAAUUGACAGCCGUUAACAACAAAAGUAUGUAUUGGAUUCUAGCCAUAGACCCCCAAAUGCAGAAAUGUGGAUUUCUUAAAUAAAAUGUUCUAGAAACCAAAAACUUUGUUAUGAGUGAUAUGCAAUAGUAAUCUGCUGAUAAGAGCCUCUUUUUAGGAGGGAGAAACUGCAGUUAUACCUGCAACAGCAAACUGACACAUUUUGAAGUUCUGCAGAUAUUUCAGCUACUUUAUUAUUUGUCCUUAUUUACACCUCUUCUCACAUCAGAGCUUGGAAAAGUUAUUUUUUUGGACAAUAACUCCCAGAAUUUCUCAGCCAGUCUGGCUACUAUUAGUUACAUUUAUAGGGCAAAAGGUAAGUUUGCCAAGCUCUGUUGCAAAGAGUCAAAAGAGAAAUAGCAGAUUCCUAUUUGAAUCCUAAUGGGAUGGAAAUGCACUUCUUAUCUCAAAUAAAUUGACUAGUCAAAUGCUGCUUAUAUAAAGACACUGAAGUCUUAGCUUAUGGCAUGGACAACACUGUAUUCUUAGUCAGCAAGUUCUACGCAGGUGUACCUUCCUUUGCUACAUAGUUAGGAAAUUGUGUCCUAAUUUGAGGAAGAAGUAAACACUUUGGUCUUUAUGGCCAUGGUGCAGUCCUCAUCCCUGCAUUGCAGAGGCUGCCAGAGCAAAGCUACUCCCUGCAGUGGGGGAAAGGAGGAGCUGCCUGCAAGGCUGUGAUGUGUGGCCCAUAUGGAUCAUCAGUGCACUUCUCUCCCUCCCUUGCAUGGGCAACAAACAGGGUCUAUAGAAUUUGGGAGGCAUAGCAGACUGCAUGCAUUGCUAAAAUAAAUUGGGAAUCCUUAAAUUUAAAGGUCGGUAAGUUCUGUGCAUGUCCCAUUAAACUUCCUCUUGGUCUGAGCUCAUAAAAUUAUCUACUCGGAAUUUGGAAAUGUUACAUUUUUUAAUUGCAGUUCCUAUAACCCACAAGUCAACAUGACCAUUGGCUGGCCAUAGGAUUUGGUGAGUUGUAGUCCCCCCCAAAGAACUCGCAUGUUCUGGAUCUAUGUACAACCUAAUAAAUAUUGCUUUUCACUGGAAGAAAUCCCAAAUCUGCAUAAUUUUUAACAGCACAAUAUAGGUCUUCAUAUCUUGAGCACAUUUGGAAAAGAUCCACACUCCAGGCCAAAAAAUUAGAUAUAAUAGGCAUGCACAUGGAGAUAAUUAUCACUACAGUUUUAUUCUUUGUUUUGCUGUCUUUCCCAACGACUGUGUCUGUGGGCUUAUUCAUGAGGCAGGUUUGAAGAUUUUAACAAUAAUUGCUGAUCUUCUUCAGUCAUGUGUUCAGAUAUGCUUGUUAUGUAAAUGGAAAUAUGAUUGUCUAGACUUGAAAAUGCUAGAGAACUUCCAACCUAAUUACUGUAGCCAUGGUAAAAGGGUCAGAAAUAAUGCAAACAUGAUCUUAAGAAAAAUAUAUAAUCAUUAAAAUACAUCUAGAUUUUUAAAACUGAA